UGGGGCUGGGAAGCCGAUAACAGCGGGGCUGAAGUCCAACACGAGGCAGGUCCCGGGGAGCAGAUUCCAGCCCCAGGCUGGCGGCGUGGCCUCCCCCACCAGCCCCGUGCCUCUCCCAGCUCCGUUUUGCCGUCGCCAGAGGCUGGGAUGGCCGAGCAGACGGUGCUGGUCCUCGUGCUGCUGGCUAGCGCUGUCCUCCCCGCUGAGUCCUUGGUUGUCAACAGCUGCAGCAGCAUGGCUGAGCAGCUCUGCAACUUCGUCUGUGACUGCAGCGACUGCUCAGACGAGAACCAGUGCGGGUACCUGCGGGGCUCGGAGGUGCUGGGCACCCCUUUCACCUGUGAUUUCGAGGAGGGUGACUGUGGCUGGCAGGAUGUGAGCACCUCGGUGUUCAGAUGGGUGCGGGGUCGAGCCAGCCUGGCCACCUGGGGCACGGGGCCCUACUCAGACCACACCGUGGGCACCGACCUGGGGUGGUUCAUGGUGACGGUGUCGCCCCCAGCAAAGACCAAAGCCACGGCCUGGCUCAGGUCACCGGUGAUGCGGGAUGCAGCUGCCACCUGCGAGAUCAGGGCCUGGUACCACCUCUCGGGAAGCGGGCUCACCCAGCUGGAGCAGCCGGUGCUGCGCCUGGCCAUGGCACACGGGGACGAGGUGGUGGAGCUGUGGCAGAGCCCCGAGCGCGGAGGCGAGGGCUGGCACCAGCUGGUUGCCUACCCAGGCCGGAUUGCGGAGCAGUUCCAGCUCAUCUUCUCCCUGACACAAGCCCCGGCCUGCGGGGCAGAGCUGGCACUCGACGACAUUGUCUUCAGGAACUGUGGCUUGCAGGAGCCUGGGCAGCAGGUCUGUGUGGAGGAGAGCCGCUGCCGCCGGGGCUCCUGCCUGGCACAGCACCGCUUCUGUGACGGCACCGACGACUGCGGGGACGGCUCAGAUGAGGACGCAGAGCGGUGCAAUUCCUUCAGGCACUGCUCCUUUGAGGAAGGGCUCUGCAGCUGGGAGGUGGAGGUCGCGCAGCCGAUGUGGGAGAGGAACACGAGCCUGAACCUGGGGACCAGCUACGGCAUCCCCACCCGGGACCACAGCAGUAACAGCAGGGCAGGUUUCUUCCUCCACGUGGGCAGCACCUCGGCCACAGGGGCUGGCAGCACUGCCCGGCUCAGCAGCUCCACUUUGAAGGCCAACAAAUCCUGCUCUCUCGUGCUGUACUGCCACCUCCAUGGCUCAGCCACCAGCAGCCUCAGCAUCUCCUACGUGACCAACUCCACCAAGCACCUGGUGAGGGAGAGGACAGGAGACCUGGGCAACUGCUGGGUCCGGGAGAGAGUGGACUUCAAUGUGACGGAGAGCUUCAAGGUGCUGAUCGAGGGGGUGGCCAGUGGCACAGGGACCGUUGCCAUCGAUGACCUGUUCCUGUCUCCAGGCUGCGUGUGGCAUCAGGAGGAGGAGGCUUCAACUACACUGCCGAGCCGGGCGGGUGCUGGCCCCUGUGCAGCUGGGGAGGUGCCCUGUGACAGCGGGAGCUGCAUCAAUGCGGAGCUGGCCUGUGACUUCGCCGAGACGUGUGCUGACGGCUCUGAUGAGAAGCGCUGCGGAGCAACCACCUCCGAGGCGGGGGCCGAGGGCUGGCAUGAUGUCAGCGUGGGGCAGCUGCGCUGGGCUGUGCAGAGGGCCACCGAGCCCACCAACACCGUCCUCACCGGGGAUUUCCUGAUCAUCCAGGCAGGAGAAGGACAAAUGGUGGCUCCUGCAAAGGCACGCACGCCUCUCCUGGGCCCCUCCGGCCCUGCCUGCGCCAUGGAGAUGAGCUACCACAUCCACAGCGGCCCCCAAGGCUUCCUCGCUGUCAGCAUCACAGAUCACAGCACUGGCACCAAACACCUGGCCUGGCACACACAAGGGCACGACGGCAUGGCCAGGGGACACGUCCAUGUCCCGCUGGGGGAGAGAACCCGUCCCUUCCAGGUCGAGCUGCUGGGGCUGGUGGAUUUACAGGACUCGGCGACUGCUGGCAUUGACAAUGUGACGUUCGUACAGUGCCACCCCGAUGUGGUGCCCCCAGGGGCUGCAGAGCUGUCCUGCAACUUCGAGAAAGGCAUGUGCGGCUGGUACCAGGAUCCAUCCAGUGACUUCCAAUGGGUGCGCAGCACAGGGCAGGGGCAGGGCUCCGACCACACCACUGGCUCAGGCUACUUCUUGGCCGUGGAUCCCUCUGCGCUGUGGAGCCACGGGCAGCGGGCACAGCUCGUCACCUACUGGCAGGAGCCCAUGGCCACUCCACGCUGCCUCUCCUUCUGGUACCGCCUGGCCGGCCCGCAGAUUGGGACCCUGAAUCUCAAGCUGCGGCUGGAGGGAGAGGAGGAGACAGUGCUGUGGACCCAGCGUGGCACCCGGGGCAGCAUCUGGCACCGGGGACAGGCGACACUGCCCGCCACGGGCCAGCGGCAGUACCGGGUGGCCUUCGAGGCCCUGCGUGACGGGUUCCUGGGUGACAUGGCGCUGGAUGAUGUGGCGCUGACAGCGGGGCCCUGUGGGGCCGAUCUCUCCUGCUCCUUCGAGGCAGACGCCUGCGGGCUGGCAGCCAGCGGGCAGCACUCCUGGCUGCGGCAGAGCAAUGGCACUGGCACCACCGCUGGCCCCCCCGUCGACCACACCACGGGCACCGCCACAGGCCAUUACAUGGUGGUGAGCACGGGCAGGGCCUCCCUGCCGGCCGGGCACACGGCCGCACUCACGUCCCAGCCGUACCAGCCCUCUGCGCCCGCCCAGUGCCUGGCCUUCUGGUACCAGCUGAGCGCCGGGACCCCAGGCUCCCUCGACGUCUUUGUGGAGCAGAGCGGGGUGCGGAGGAAGGUGAUGAGUGUGAGAGCCAUGGAGGGGGACGCCUGGCACCGCAGCCACUUCACUGUCCAGCCGGAUGGGGACUGGAAGGUGAUAUUUGAGGCAGUAGGAGCUGGGAGUGACCAUGGGUACAUGGCGCUGGACGAUCUGCACGUGUCGGAUGGAGUCUGCCCCGAGCCGGCGUCCUGUGACUUCGAGCAGGACACGUGUGGCUGGAGCAGCCCUGCGGACCCCCGCCUGCACAGCUUCGCCUGGGGCUGGAAGAAUGGGAUCCCCCUUGCCAAGUACCCUGGCCCCGAGCAGGAUCACACCCUGGGCACAAGAGAUGGUCGCUAUGUGCACUUCGACACUGGUGUGCUGGGCACUGGGGGCACCACUGCCCGGCUGGAGAGCCAGCACCUGCCUGCUGCUGCCGAUGCCUGCCUGCGGUUCUGGUACCACAUGGACAUCCCAGAGCACCUCGCUUGCGGGGAGCUGCGGGUGAUGCUGCAGAGCGCGGCAGGGCAGCGAACGGUGUGGAGCAUGGCAGGGCAUCAGAGCCGGGGCUGGCACAGUGGCGUGGUACCUGUGCAGAGCCCCAGCGAGUUCCAGAUCAUCUUUGAAGUCACCACACGGAGGUGGCCAAUGGAGGGGACAGUGGCACUGGAUGACAUAAUUUACAGCACCGGAGGGAGCUGCCAUUCCAGACUGGACAUGCUGGUAGAAGAGAAACCCUCUGGCAGCUUCGUGGCAGAGGUGGUGCUCAGCCUUCUCCUGGCCAUCGUCGUCCUGGCACUGGUGGCCACCGGCAGCUGGUACUGGCUGAAGCAGCGAGUGCUGGCGAGUGGGCAGCCAGCAGAGAGCAACGCUCCCCAGGGCUUCGACAACAUCACUUUUCGAGAUGACAAGGUCAUUAUAUCUCCAGUGACAAAAGACGGGGAUGAGAACUGAAAUCCUAAGGUGCUGCGUGCCGACCCCCGCAAGGCGCACAGGGCAGAGAUCAUCACAUCAGCAGCACUCACACUCCAGCAGCCUCUCCGGCUCUCGGCAUCGGGGAGCAGCCGCGGGUGCUCGCCCCGAGGGACGUGCCGCUGGUCCUGCUGCCUCCAAGCGCUCGGGAAAAGCAACGUUGUCUUUUGUAACAUGAACUUUCUGCACCGAGCCACAGUGGUGUGCCUGUGCUUUGACAGGAGUUCUUUGCAGCGGGCACCCCGCUGGCUCUAGGAGGCGAAGGGCGCAGU